CCCCAAAACUCAAAAGGACCAGAUAAUAAAAUGGCCGAGUGUCCGAUCCUUCUCUCUUAAAACCCCCUGGCUUUCUCUUUUCUCUAUCUAAACCCAAUCCUGGCACAACAGCCUCCGACUCGCCAAGUCGUUGCCUGGUCAGCUCCGUGCUUUCACGCGACUCCGUAGCAUCGUAUAAUCCUGUCUCAUUUACUGCAUUUUUAAGUUUUGAUCAAAUGUUUUUUUUUAAAUCUUUCGUAGAUCCAGCUCGCGGUUCUUUGAUCAUCGAAUUACUUUAAUAGCUGAAUAAGAUCAAUGGAGGUUAUUUACUUGUGAGUUUUAUCGAGGAAAAAAGGUGAAUUUUUUAGGGAUCUUUUUUUGAUAGAGGAUGAGAGAAGGGUUGAGAUCUAGUGUCAAUUUAUUGGCGAAAAUGGAGAAAAAUGAGGUUUCGCCGAGCAAGGAAAUGGUUACUGAGAAAGUUGGUGGUUUGAAACAAGGAGAUUGUGAAUUCACUGACGAGGAGAACCCCAAAUUGAAUCAAGUAGAGGCGUUAAAAGAAGAAAUGGAAGAGGAUCAGAGAGAUGGGCUUAAAAUCGAAGAAUGUGAAGGAGGGAAUGAUUUGAGGGAGUGUAAUGCUGUUGAGGGUAGUAAAAAUAGAAGGAAAAGAAGUAUGGUUGAUGGUGAGGGAGAGAUUGAGGAUGGUGGUGUUGAAAAGAAGAAGGUAAAGGAUGGUGCGGAUGGUGAAAAGGUGGUUGUCGUCAGGGUUCUGCGGUCAAGGUCUGUGACAAAAACUAAGAGGAGGAAGGAGGUUGAUAGAGGGCAGCAGACCGGAGGGAGUGAUGGCUCUGAGAAGAAAUGGGUUGAGGUAAAAACAGAAGAGAGGGAUCAUUCUGAUGGUGAGGACAGUGGGAAAUUAGAUAAUGAGGCCAGGGAUAAAUCAAAGCAAAAUCAUGGUAGCUCGCCCAAGGACCAGAAGAGUGACAGGACUGAGAAGAGAUUGGCUGAGGUGAAAAAGAAAGAUAGUGAUCAUUCUGAUGGUGAAGACCCUGACCAUUCAGAUAACGAGGCAAGGAGAAUGUUAAAGCACAAGCGUGGGGGGCCCCCCAGGGCUCAGAAGAGUGAUGGGCCUGAGAAGAAAAGGAUUGAGGUGGUAAAUGAAGAAAGUCAUCAAUCUGCUGGUACAGAGAUUGAACAGGCAGAUAAUGAGGCAAGGGAAAAGUUAAAGCCCAAGUUGGGGACACCUCCCAAGAUUCAGAAGAAUGAUGUGUCUGAGAAGAAAAGGGUCGAGGUGAAAAGGGAAGAGAGUGAUCAAUCUGCUGGCGAAGAGAGUGAUCGAGCACACAGCGGGGCAAGGAAAAGAUUAAAGCAUAAACAUGGGAUGUGCCAGAAGGGGCAGAAGAGUGAUGGAUCCGAGAAGGAAAGAGUCAAGGGGGGUAAAGAAGGCAGCCAUCAAUCUGCUGGUGAAGAGAGUGAACUGUCAGGUAAUGAGAUGAGUGAAAAAUUAAAGCCUAAGCGUGGGAGACCCCCCAAGGCUAAGGAGAGUGAUGGGUCUGGGAAGAAAAGUAUUGAGGUGGUUGGUGGUGACUCUGCAGAAUCUUCUGGUGAAGAGAGUGAUGAAUCUUAUGGUAAAGUGGGGAAGAAGCGGAAGCUUAAGCGUGGGAGACCCAGCAAGUUGAACAAGGGUGUAAAGGUGGGUGGACUGAGGAAAAGACAGGGUGGGGAAAUGACAAGACAUAAUAAGAACCACAAUGUGGGAGCUAGAAGUGCAUUAUCUGGAAAGAAACUUGGGAAAAAAUCUAAUGCAACAAAGUUAGCCGCAGCUAGGAAGAACAAAUGCAGCAAUGAUGAAAAGGAAGAGGGGAGAAGUAAACAGAAGGCAGUAGUGAGAGAAAAAAUUAUAGAACUUCUUUUGGGUGCAGGCUGGACAAUUGAGCGUAGGCCUAGGAAUGGUAGAGAGUACUGUGAUGCUGUGUAUGUUAAUCCUGAAGGAAGGACUCACUGGUCUGUUACCUUGGCUUACCGGGUGCUUAAGCAGCAUUAUGAAGGUGGUGGUGGUGAUUCAAAUACAUGUAAGACUGGUUUCAAGUUUACUCCUCUACCAGAUGAAGAACUCAGCAUGCUAGCAAAAGUAAUAGGCAAGGAAAGGAGUGAUAAAAAUAAAAAGAAAAAGAAAUGGAAGCAAGUGAAGGAUGGGAAAACAGGUGAAGGAGUUGCAAAACAGAAAACUAAGAAAGGAAAACUGCACAAGAGAAAACAGGAUGCUGUGGCAAUUCCUGGACGUAAGAAGUUGAAGGACAGUACAAAACGGAAAUCUUCUCUCUGCGAACAGGAUGACUGUGCGGGUAUGUCAGAUGACGGAACAACAGUCAGAGAUCAUAAGCAACUCAAAACACAUAAUAGAAAGCGGUGUGCUCUAAUGAUUCGCAACUCCAAGGAGGGUGCAGGUUCAGAUGGUGGUGGCUAUGUGCUUUAUAAUGGUAAGCGAACUGUACUUGCCUGGAUGAUUGAUAUGGGCACUUUACCAUUGGAUGGAAAAGUGCAGUACUUGAAACGCAGGAAGACACGAACAGUCCUGAAGGGUAAAAUCACAACAGAUGGCAUUCAGUGUGAUUGUUGUGGUGAAACUUUUGCAAUCUCAGACUUCGAGGCUCAUGCAGGCAGCAAAUCCUGCCAGCCACUCAAAAACAUAUGCUUAGAGAAUGGACCUUCGCUCUUGCACUGCCAGCUAGACUCAUGGCAUAGACAAGAUGAAUCUGAUCGUAAAGGGUUCCAUUUUGUUGAUAUUGAUGGUCAAGAUCCAAAUGAUGAUACAUGUGGGAUCUGUGGAGAUGGUGGAAACCUUAUUUGCUGUGAUAGUUGCCCAUCAACAUUUCAUCAAAGCUGCCUAGAGAUAAAGAAGCUUCCUUCAGGGGUCUGGAAUUGCACAUAUUGUUCAUGCAAAUUUUGUGGGAUGGCUGGUGGGGAUGCAUGUCAGAUGGAUGAGAAUGAUGCUGCUGCCCGACCUGCAUUACUAACAUGUUGUUUGUGUGAGGAGAAAUAUCACCACUCCUGUAUUCCUGCUGAGGACACUAUAAAUGAUUAUCACAGCAGUCUAUCCUUCUGCGGGAAGAAAUCCUGUAUACCUGCUGAGGACACUAUAAAUGAUUAUCACAGCAGUCUAUCCUUCUGCGGGAAGAAAUGCCAAGAGUUACAUGAUAAACUACAGGCGCUUCUUGGGGUUAAACAUGAAAUGGAAGAGGGCUUUGCAUGGACUCUUGUUCGCCGAUUUGAUGUUGGCUCUGAUAUUACUCUCAAUGGAAUGCAUCGGAAAGUUGAAUGCAAUUCCAAGGUAGCUGUUGCGUUGCACAUAAUGGAUGAGUGCUUUUUGCCCAUGCCUGACCAUAGAAGUGGGGUUAACCUGAUUCGUAAUAUUGUAUAUAAUUUUGGGUCAAACUUCAAUCGACUGAACUACUGUGGUUUUCUGACUGCAAUUCUAGAGCGAGGGGAUGAAGUAAUCUCUGCUGCAUCCAUUAGGAUCCAUGGGAACCAGUUAGCAGAGAUGCCAUUCAUUGGGACCCGCCACAUGUACAGGCGUCAAGGAAUGUGCCGCCGGCUUCUAAGUGCAAUUGAAACUGCUCUCUUCUCUCUAAAUGUCGAGAAAUUGGUCAUACCUGCAAUCUCUGAGCUAAGGGAAACCUGGACUUCUGUUUUUGGUUUUAAACAACUUGAAGGAUUGAGCAAGCAAAAAAUGAGGUACAUGAAAAUGGUGGCAUUCCCUGGCGUUGAUAUGUUACAGAAACCUUUGUUGAAGGAUCAUCAGUUUGCUGGAGCAAAUACGGUUCCCACUGAAGGUUUGACAUCCUUGGAACUCAAGGAACAGUAUACUAUAGAUGAGAUAUCAUGUAAUUCUGAUGAGAAAUGUUCGUCUGUGAGAUUUGAUUUAAAAGGUUCUGGUGAAAUUAGUUUACCUCAUACUGGCAACAUAAAUGAUCAAGCUGCUGCAGUUGAAUCUGGUUCACUUCCUGAUUGCCUGAAUGAUAUUUCCGAUGUUACAAGUGAAAAUACUAAUCUACCUGUUUGUCCCAAGGACAAAACUGUUGAUCAAUUGAGUGCGGUUUCUAUUUCUUUGUGUGAUGCUAAUGAACAAACUAGAGAGGUGGUUGAACAUCAGAGUGCUGUUUCUGGUUUCAUUGCUACCUCUGAUUGUGAGAGGAAGCUGAAAGGGGAGACACAUAUGGACCAGAAUGAUGUUUCCAAGAUCGAAAGCAAGCUGUUUGGUGUAUCUUUUAUUGGGUCUGAAGCGGCUGACUCUCAAGGGAAGUGUCAGUGUGCUUCCAGGAAGGUUACUGAGACUGUUCCUUGUGAAGUGAAAGGUGAAGAUAGCAGCGAUGGACAGCACCUCGUUUCGCUUGAUGAUGAUUCUAUGCCCACUUCAAAAAUCAUAGCAAGUCAGCUCCAAUACUUUGCUUUUGGGCACAAACUUAAAGUUUCAGAUAUCAAUGCUGUUCACUACGAGUCCACUACCUGCAAUAUUUCCAGUGAUAUAGUUCAAUCAACAACCACGACGGUUCCCCAGAAAGUGCAAGAUGCAGUUAAUGGUCAUUGUGGGGCAUUGCCUGUCGACCAAAAUAUUAGCUCUUCUUGUCAGGGCAAGGGGCCUAAUGCGAAGGAAAUGGUUGUCCUAGCUACUGCUGAUUCCAGUUCUGUAGAUUCUGAUGUCACUGCAAAAGCAGAUCUGCAAUCUUGCAGAAAUAAUGGAUCAUGUAUUGCCACAGAGCUCCUAGUGAGUCCUUGUGGAGUUGAUGCGGAUGGCUUCCAUGACCUUGAAGAAGUGUCUGACACAGUUCAAAGUGAUGCGCUUUCUCCUAAUGGAGGUUUAAUUUCUGAUGGGCCUCGGAUUAAUACCAAAUCUUCAGAGCACCCCAGUUCUGUUUCUGAGGUCGAGCCUGCUAAUUUUACACAGUGCGCCUCUGAACCUUUAUGCAAUUCAAGCCCUGCUCCAGGUGUUGGCCUGCACUGUGCCUCCGGUGAUGGUAACUCAUGCGGUGCACCUGAGGGGAUAAUUUUGUCAAAUCAGGCUAGUUGAUUCCGAUUGGCAUACUCGUUUUGGCUAUAGAAAGAUGGCAUUUUGUGGAUGGCGGCCAUGGAUAAAUGUGAUGGAGUUUUCUUGCAGAACUUGGAUGUUCUCUUCACAGACCAUGUUAAGCGAUUUUGUCAUUGAUUAGGAUGUCGAUAUAGCAUUCAGAUGCCUCAUUUGAUGGUGAUGAUUGAUGACAGCUUUGGCAGGUGUUCACAGACAAAGGUCGUCGUCUUAAUCAUAUGUCCAUCUAACAUUACAGAGGACAUCUUUUUGUACAGUUAGAGCAGUCCAAGUCUUCAGUACUUUCCUAGUCACAUGUUAGAUUUUAGAUGCAAUAGAGGGUUGUGCAUCUUGACCUCUCCUAUGCCUAAAGUAAAUGAAAAAAAAUCAAUUGCUGAAGUUUAUGAAAGAGCCUUGCUUGCUGUGA